AUGCACUACAAUGAUUUUCACGCCAGAUUUGAAGAAACGAGCCCUGCUGGUAAUAUGUGCAAUCCAGACCACCUACCAUGCAUUGGUGGUUUUGCACGACUUGCAACAGCUGUCCGUAAUGGCUUUAAAAAAGAACCGGACUCACUUCUUCUCAAUGGGGGAGAUAGUUUCCAAGGCACGAUCUGGUACAACAUGUUAAGAUGGAAUGUCACCCAGGAAUUUAUGAAUAUGCUGCCGCAUGAUGCUCACGUAUUAGGAAAUCAUGAAUUUGACAACGGUAUUGAAGGAGUUGUGCCAUACCUAGAAUAUUUGAAUAGCACAGUUGUAGCGGCCAACAUUGAUGAUACUGAUGAACCAAAAAUGCAUGGCUUAUACAAAAAUAGUACAAUAAUUACAAGAGGAGGUAGGAAAAUUGGAAUUAUUGGUGUUAUCAUAUCUAUUACUAAUACAUUAGCGACUACAGGUAAUUUAAGAUUUAAAGAUGAAGUGGAGACUGUAAAAGCAGAAGCUGAAAAACUUAACGCAGAAGGAGUCAAUAUUAUAAUUGUCUUAUCACACUGUGGUAUUGACAUUGAUAGAGAAAUAGCACUUCAUGCUGGUCCAUACAUAGAUAUUAUAGUAGGUGGGCAUAGUCACACAUUAUUGUUUAAUGGCGAAGUACCUGAAAACACUGCUUUUGUUCCUCUUGGACCUUACCCAGUUGUUGUCAAUCGGUCUUCAACGCAAAAACCAGUUUUGAUAGUACAAGCAGGAGCGCAUACAGCAUACUUAGGUGAAAUCAAACUCUUUUUUGACUUUGCGGGCAAUCUCCUGGAUUGGACAGGAAACCCCCACUUCUUGGGUAACGAUAUUGAACAAGCUCCAGAUGUUCUUGAAAGAAUAGAAUAUUAUCUGCCGUUGAUUCAAGAGUUGGCUUCAGAAGUAAUAGGUGUUUCGAUGGUAGAUAUGUCUAACGACUGUAGUUGUUCAGAAUGUAACCUUGGAAACUUCAUCUGUGACGCUUAUAUGCACUCGGUAUUACAUAGAGCUCAAAACAAUAGCUGGCACUCGGCACAUUUCUGCGUUGUUAACCGAGGCGGAAUUAGAAGUCCUAUAACUCAUGGAGUUGUUAAUUUCGGGUCUGUGAUGUUGUCUACACCAUUUGAAAACAGAAUCGAAGUUUUCGACCUGAAAGGAAAACACGUUUUGGAAAUGCUGGAGUAUUCAGUUGCUAAUAUACCUUCUGCCGGAGCCAGGAUGUUACAAACUUCAGGGUUACACGCUACAUUUGAUGGCUCCCUACCUGUAAACCAGCGGGUACUAGACGUCAGAGUUCGGUGUAUAGAGUGUGACGUCCCCCGGUACGAGCCUCUGGACCUAGACAAAUACUACAGAGUCGUAGCGCAGAGUUUUAUUGGAAGCGGUGGCGAUGGUUUUACUAAUGCGAUGUACGAACCUUUGCUUCUCGAUAAAUAUUACAGAGUUGUUACAACCGAUUUUAUAGGGAAUGGAGGCGGAGAGUUCACCAUGAUAAGUGAGAAUCGCAUCAAUGUUGAUGUAACUGGCGUGGACUACGAAGUGUUGAUGGACUACAUACGUCACCAAACACCCGUAUUUGCGCAGACGGAGGGGCGUGUGCAAAUUUCUAAUCCGUGUUUGGUAUAA